GUGAGCAGAGGAUGUAGGUAAACGAAUCGUCAGUGUAGGGUAGGUAAACGAAUCGUGAGUGUAGGAUGUAGGUAAACAAAGGGUAAGAGUGAAUUUCGACGUCGCGUGUGAUCUAUAUCAAUUACAGUCCCCGCUAUCAUCGCGAUUCCAAAUGAGGAUUCCAUGGAAAAGCGAUUAUGCCCAAGGGCGCCUUCACACGAAAUCCUCCACUUUGUCUAAGGAGGUCAAGCUUCUUCACCAGGCUGAUCGAGGAAUCAGUGACUCAGAAGGAUCAGAAUGCGAAUGUGAAGGAUAUUCAGGUCGUCAAGGAGAAUGAAUUCGACAUGGUGAAUCGCCAAGGUAACAAGAGAGCUAAAGCUGUGCAACCAAGUGAAUGGUUAAUCUUCAAUCUAGUAGAAUUUUCAGCACAUGGCUCAGGACAAUCGCAUGUAAAACGCCGAGAACACAUGAAGGCCAACAAAGGAUUAAGAAUGAUGAACUUCAUGGAACAAGAUAAUCAAAGCAUGAGAAGAACGAGGGCCACUCGGCUGUCAGAGCGACAAGGUGCAGUCCAUUUGCCCAUGGACGUUCAUGUUUUGGCAUUGGAUUAAGGCUAGCUUGCGCCACCGUCGACGUGGUCUGGAACUUGCAUAUGUUUACUAGGUGGAAAAGAAUAUUGGUCUGGGAUGGAACGUGGGGAAUUUGGUGUUUGAAUCGCGUGGUUGAGGAGCAGGGCUUCUGAAUCGUCAUGUCCAGUAUCCGAGCCAGCAUCACCAUUUUUCUGGGGGUAACAGAUGGCACAUGUUCAAUAUUUCCCGGACGGAAAAUGCCAAU